UUCCUGCCUGACUGCAGAUUAACAUGGCUAACUACUUCUCUCUACAGCAUAGGUGAUUACUUCAUUCUUUUUGUUAAUUAUUAAUGAAGGCCUCUGCACGUUGGUUUUGGAAUGGAACCUUAUCUUAUCACAAAAUACAGUGUCACUGCAAGGCACAGGCAUGAAAAACCCAGCAAGCAAAAAUUACAUACAAAUACUUUUAAGAUCUUCCAGUCAAAUCAUAACGAGAAGCUAGCACUUUUGAGAGUUAACUGAAGCUGUGGAUGAAAAGUUAUUUGCCACAGAAAAAAAGAUUGUUUGCAUGAGAAAACCUAGGAACAUAUCUAAGACUUUUACAAGGUGAUCUUCAAAUAACAAGGGCUGAGGAAAAAAUGCUUCAAUGGAUAGCCUGCAGAAAUUCAUUCUGGUCUCUUUCACUCUCUUUGUUUCACUAACAGGUCUUGGCUUCUGUUAUACUAUUGUCCGUGGUCCUGCUAAUGCAACAGUUCUAGCUGGUUCAGAGGCCCGGUUUAACUGCACUGUCUCACAGGAAUGGAAAAUCAUCAUUUGGCUUUCAAAUGGGAAACUUGUUCUUACUGUAGUUAAUCAUUUAGGACCUGUUAUAACAGAAAAUCGUUUCACCUCUCAAAAUUAUACGGCUGGUAAUGAAUUUACUUCAGAGCUGAUUAUCCAUGAUGUCCGUCAGAGUGAUUCUGGUAAAAUAGAAUGCAGCAGUCAAGGCAGUACUGAAAAUGGCUAUGCAUUUCUUACUGUUCAAGUUAAUGGAUCUUUGUUCAUCAAAGAUAGCAACUUGACAGUAGAAGUGAACAAAACAAUUGAAAUUUUUUGUGAAGCCUUAGGAUGGGCUCCAGCUCCAAACAUUACCUGGAAGAUAAAUAACUCUUUCGUAGAUAAAUCGAUGUAUAUCACUGAACACGGUCAAGAAUCUAAUGGCCUUCACAAUACAACCAGCAUCUUAACUUUGACUCCAUUAACCAAUGAGACUCUGACUUGUUUAGCUGAUAUAGGAACAUUGUCUAAGCCACAGAAUGCAACUGUAACCCUUAUUUUGGUUGAAUCUCCUCUAGAAAACACAGGAGACGGUACAAGCACGUGGAUUAUAAUAGUUGCAGUCGUAUUUUCAGUUGUCGGUUUUCUUCUUCUGGUCAUUAUUAUUGUGAUUAUUGUAUACUGCUGUCACCGCCAAAAAAAGAAAGAAUCCACCUAUCAAAAGGAGAUGAGAAAAGUUACAGCUAAGAAAAAAGAUGAUGGCAGUCUGGAAACAAGGAGGAAUGGCAAUGAAAAUAAUGGAUACAUUCCCGAGGAGUCAUGGCACCCAGAACAAAUGCCAAAGGUUGCCUCUCUUCCCCCAAUGGCCUCCAACUUCUAUGGCCCAGAAGAUUUAGAAGUCAGUUCUACAUCACAGGUCUCCUAUGAAGCACUGGACAACAGAGCUUCAUCUUCAGGAUAUGCUGGUUAUCCAGUCAACCCAAAGAAGAUCAGAAAUGUGACACAUGUUUAGGGAAUACUUCUGCUUGAUGUUUAUAUAUCAGCUGUCAUUUUUGCUUUUGGAAGACUGCUUAUGAAAAAGAAAUAUCAUCAUUGUUUUACCUUUUUAAAAAAAAAUAAGACCAUAGAUUUAUUUUAUUUAUUUUUCACAUCGUGAACACAACUACUGAGAGGAAAUAACAGUUUUUGCUCUGGCACACAACAUUCAACUCAGUUCUGUACACAAAUAACUUUCUUUGAUCUUACAGUUGGAUCUAUGCAGGUGAACUCAAUGGGGUUCAAUUUAAUUCUGUGGGGCUCCACAAGGGGAAGGUUUUGUGUCAUGAAGUCCCAUGGUAGCCAAUAUGGCUCCAUACAGGCACAAAGAUUUGACCAUCCACAUCUGAUUGUAAGAUCAGGAACAAUAAAUGGUAGAGAGAUAUUAGUCCAGAACUGUAUAAUCUACAACUGGUUAGUAUUAUACUUGUUUAAUUUAGUUUAUGUAAUUUAACUUAUACUUUGUAACCAUGUUAAGCUUAUUAAUUAACAAAACUUCUUCAAUUCUUAAUAUGAUCAAGGAAGGAUUCUUAUUAAAAUCAGUUGAUAAUUCUCUAAUAAAAUGAUAUUUGAUAGAAUACAAGGUUUUCAGUACAAGUUUUUGCUAAAAGUGCCAUCUUUCUGAAGAAAAUGUCAAUGUAAUAUCAAAAAGCCAAGAAAUGUUCAGUUUUUAACAGAAAUAUGAAACAUUUAAGUUAAGAAGAAAACAACUCCCUACCCCUUGUCAAGAGGAAACAAAGGCCAGGGGAGAGCUCCCUGGAAAAAAGGCAAACACUUUGGCGUUUACCUUAGGAGCCAGGAGGAUUGCUGGAAGCAAAAGCGUUGGGCAACAGCACUUCCAGAGCAAAUGCUGGAUCUGGAUUGGCCAGAGAUGCACAGAACAAAGUAUUUAUGGCCCCAGAGAGGGGCAUCCCAGGGAAGAACCCUGCAAUGGGAAGCCUGGAGCAGAGGGGAAUUCCCCUCCCAAUGUCUGCUAGGGAAACUGCAGGAGGCAGGCACUGGGGAGAGGUUGUGCAGGGAUCGGAGGAACCCUGAAGAAGCUGGUGCAGUGGACAGCA